AUGACGCUGGUGGCACGAGACCUGCGCCACGGAGAGCUUGCCGCCGUUUGCGUGAUACGGGCUAUACGAAGGCUGGGCCUGAAGGUGGCCCCAGCCAUGUCGGAGAUCAUAUCGUUUUAUGAUUACCGACGCAGAGGGACUACUCCGCCAGAUCAGUGUCUGCACAUAAGCAGAGAGGAGGAUGAGGUAGGACCGCAGAUGAAAUACUUGGGCCUCACCAUCGACGAUCAAUGGACGUUCGGGCCGCAUUUCAAGCUCCUGGUUAUGAAAGUGACGGCGACAGCCAACGCCCUAUGUGGACUGCUGCCGAAUAUCGGUAGGGCGCAAGUCGGAGUGCGCCGACUGUAUGAAGGAGUCAUCCGCUCUUGGGUCCUGUACGGGGCUCCGAUGUGGGCGGAGGAUCUGAUGAAAAAUCGACGCAGUCUACUCUUGUUGAGGAGGCUACAUAGAACGACCGCCACCAGGACCGUAAGGGGAUGCCGGACGAUAUCAUAUGCGUCGGCGAUGCGUCUCCUUCGUUCUAGCUCCAGGCCCUAG